AUGUCGGAGGCGGCGCAGCUCGAUGCCUUCUUGGCGGCCAUGACGCAGUACUCGCCGACGAUCCCGGACGAGCUGGUGGAGUUUUAUCUGCAGCAAUCAGGGUUCGCCACCAACGACGUGCGAGUGACGCGGAUGAUUUCGCUGGCAGCACACAAGCUCCUGCUGGACGUGACACACGACGCUAUGCAGUACCAGCGUAUACGCUCACAGGCCACGUCGUCUACAGCUACGGGUGCUGCGUCGGCAGCGCUAGGGGCCGUACAGAGCCCCGAAGGUACUGCGCCCACUGGCACUCGCUCUGUACUGACGAUGGAGGACUUGGCGGCUAGUCUCAAGGAGUACGGCAUCAACAUCUGCAGACCAGAAUACGUCAGCGACAUCGUAGAAGACCCCACGUCCUAA